GUCAUCAACAUGAGCCACGAGUCUUGACAUUCAGACGCAUGCUGAAUGUUUUCAUGAAUUUUUGACCUUUACAUUAACGUUUACAUGUACAGUGAACCCGGGGACUGCAAAACAUAAACGGUAUGCCCACGCGUCAAGCAUCGGUCCAUGCGAAAUGGAUUAUUGGUCAGGUGAUUGGAGCCAAGAUGAAGAAGACGGCAAAGGUUCGAGUUACCAGACUUGUGCUUGAUCCGUACCUGCUCAAGUACUACAACAAGAGGAAGACAUACUUUGCCCAUGAUCCUUUGGAGCAGUGCACUGUUGGGGAUGUUGUUUUGUUGAAGGCUUUGCCGGAGAAAAGAUCCAAGCAUGUCAACCAUGAACUCGCAGAGAUUGUGUAUAAAGUUGGGCAGGUGGUCGACCCGUUCACUGGGAAGAGGGUUGCUGGGACGCAGUAUUUGGAGCCUCUUACGGAAAGCACAGAAGACACAGAAGUAUCUUUAAUGGGAAAACUGGAGCGACUAAACAUUACUGCCUCCUCACCUCCUACCGCCUCAUAGUAUUGUGUUUGUCCUUUGAUGUAUGUACAUAGUUCAUGUCCUGAUUUUCUUUUUAUUGAGAAGUUCAAUCUGUUAGUGCCCUCUAGUGGAAGUAAAGACCAGUAAUCUAUUCUGCACA